AUGGAGGAGGAGCUCCGCUGUCCCGUGUGCAAGCAACUCUUCGCGAGUCCCGUGCUGCUGCCCUGCUACCAUGCCCUAUGCCUAGGCUGCGCCCUAGAGCUGCAGUCUCCCAGCACCACCACCACCAUCGUGACGGCCCAGGUGCAUCCGGCUCCUGCCCAGCACCACUCCUCCUCCUCCGCCUCGUCCACGUCGUCGGCCAGCUCGGGCAGCUCCAGCGCCACCGAGAGCGUGUCCUCCGACCAGGACCAGGCGGACAAGGUCAGCAUUCUGAGUGAGGCCGACUCCGGGGUGGUGUGCUGCACCUCGCGGCCCGGCUCCUACGCCGGCACCCCCAAUCUGCAGGGGCUGCUCUUCCCGCCCUCCGGCGGAGCCGUGUUCUCCCUCGCGUGCCCUCACUGCCGCAAGAUUGUCUUCUUCGACGAGGGCGGAGCCCGCAAUCUUCCACCCUAUCGCGCCAUGGAGUCCAUCGUGGACAGGUUCUGCGAGCGCGAGGCGCUCAGGUGCCAAAUGUGCGAAUCUGAGCCACGAGUGGCGUCUGUGGUGUGUGAGCAGUGCGAGAUUCGCUACUGUGACACCUGCCGCGAGCUCUGUCACCCCGCCAGGGGCCCUCUGGCCAAGCACAGCCUCACGCGGCCCCGCGGCGCCUCCACGGUGAGGGAGUCUGUGUGCGGAGAGCACACGGAGGGGCUCAGCCUCUACUGCAUCACCUGCAAGAGCCCCACCUGUCAGCAGUGUCUCACGGAGAAUCGCCAUCACUCGCACGACGUGCAGCCCAUCUCGGCCAUGUGCAAGGCCCAAAAGACGGAACUAUCGCACAAUCUUCAGCAAUUGUCGGAGAAAGCCAGAUCGACGACGGAGUUCAUCCAGCGACUGAAAGGGAUGAGCGACAAAGUGACUGAUUCUUGCAUUGAGUUCGAGCGUCUCGUGACGGCCCAGUGCGAAGCUCUAAUCCAGGCAAUUCAUGAUCGGAGAGAGUAUCUCUUAGAAGCAAUCAGGCGGGAUAAAGACACUAAGCUACGGAUACUUAAAGAGCAGCAAACAAGUUGUACGGGAAAAUUGCAGCAAACAACAGGAUUAAUUCAAUUCUGUAUAGAGGCACUCAAAGAGACUGACAGUGCAGCAUUUCUGCAGGUGGGGACAAUGUUGAUCCACCGCGUGGCCAACACGGACGUCACAUGGCACCAAGAGGUGACAAAUGCAGCUCCUCGAGUUUCACCCAUUGUGGACCUCACAUUGGACGAUGCGCCACUCCUGCGAGCCAUCGACAAUCUCAACUUCAUUCAAAUGAAGCCUUCUAAAGAGGGUGAGGAAAGAAUACCAGCAGCCCCCCUGGCGCCCGCGAUAAUCCCGGAGGACUGCUCGGCGGAGAACAACUCGGUGACGGUGGCGUGGCAGCCGCCGAAUCACUCCUUCGUCGAGGGCUACGUCCUGGAGAUGGACGAUGGGAACGGCGGUGAUUUUCGAGAAGUUUACUGCGGCAAAGAGACAAUUUGCACCGUGGACGGCCUCCACUUCAAUUCCAUGUAUAAUGCACGUGUGAAAGCGUUCAACAGCACCGGCGAGGGCGAGUACUCUGAGCUAAUUGGACUCCAGACUGCCGAGGUGGCCUGGUUCACGUUCGACACCCAAUUGAGCGGCGGCCCGUGCUCGGGGCUGAACUUCAGCAACGACAACGCCACCGUCUCGGCCGACGGCUGGGAGCACCGGGUGGCGCUGGGGUCUGUGGGCUUCUCCCGUGGCGUGCACUACUGGGAGUUCACCGUUGACAAGUACACGGCGGACACGGACCCGGCCUUCGGAGUGGCGCGCAUCGAUGUGGCCAGAGACAAAAUGCUGGGCAAGGACGACAAGGGCUUCGCGAUGUACAUCGACAGACAGCGCUCGUGGUUCCAGCACAAUUCCGUGCACGAGCGACGCGUUGAGGGCGGCAUCACGACGGGCAGCACGAUUGGUGUGUUGCUGGAUCUGGAGCGUCACGUUCUCAGCUUCCUAGUGAAUGAGAUGCCGCAGGGCUCGGUGGCUUUCCGCGACUUGUACGGCGUCUUCUAUCCCGCCGUGAGCGUGAAUCGUGGCGUCGGACUCACACUGCACACCGCUCUGGAUGCGCCGCAGAUGGACUAUCGUCACUAAACGAAUUUAUCCGCCAUGGCACUUCACCCAACAUAUCCUCGAGACGGCACUUGAGCACAGCGGAGGGAAGGCUUGCAGUCGAAUUUCCUCCCUGAAAUUUCGGGGGAAAUUAUGUCAAAUUCAAUCAUCCAUCGUGUAAAUAGCUGUGAAGCAACUUCACAGCCAGUAAUUUCACACCUUCCGCCCCCCCGCCCACACUCCCCCGCAGGAAUAUCGAAUUGAGAAUCAAAAUUACAUUGUAACAGGUGUUAAAGCAGAAAAUAUCCAAGCAAGAAUUCAUAGUAAAUGUCGAGAAAAUCAGUGUAUGAGCAGAAAAUAGAAACUUUAGAUAGAUGGAGCGUUAUACGAAACUAUCAUCCAAGGCACGUUAACUUCAUUCCGGUGGAAUAUUUUUCAAUGAAUUGAAAAGGAGUUUUUUUUUCUUUGAAAAAAAAGGGACGCAGAAUGGUUUUUGGAUCAUUUUGGGAAUUGUUUUGUACAAAUUUCAAUAUAUUAUUAUAAAAAAAAAUUAUAUUGAGUAGAAUUGUGACACUAUUUAAAUAUUAAAUGAAUAAUAUAUAUAAACUAAUAUGAGUAUAAUAUAUAACACUGCGUAAUAUAUGAAUGUAUGAUAUGAAUAUUAUAGAAAACAAUAAAAAUCUCAAUUAUGUAA